AUGGCUGAAGAUCAAGAGCAACGCUUUUUCUUUCCUCAGGCCACAUACCCUAUAGUGCCUCAGGUGGCUUCUCUCCUCCCAUUAAGUUAUCCUCUAAUAGCUUCUCCUGAAACCGUUGAAGAAAAUGCUCCGAAAUUUAAAUAUUCCAGAGUAUGGGAUAAGAGAAAAAUCCAAACCCUUUACUCACUAGCAAACGAGCUCUGCAGCCAAAUGGGGAAAAGCUUAAACGAGCUCGAUAUAUCUGAUUUUACAGAAAUUUCAUUAAAAAUCAAUCAGGAUCCUUAUAAAUGUAUGAUGAAGUUGCGGGAAAUUAUGAUGAGUGGCACCUUAAAACCUGGAAUAUGGUCUCAAGCGGAAGAUGAAAAAUUGGAGUCUCUGAUCGCUUCAGGAAUGAAAAAAUGGGGUGAAAUUGCAAAUAUAUUGAAUAAAGAAAUUCACCAGGAUUUAAAAAUACGCACAGGAAAGCAAGCAAAAGAAAGAUGAAAUAAUCAUUUGAACCCAGAAAUAGACCGUGGACCUUGAACUCUUCACCAAGAUAAAGCACUUCUGGACGCUUACAAAACUUUUGGCAAUAAAUGAACCCUCAUAGUAAAAGCAAUACCAAAUAGAACUGAAAGUGCUGUCAAAAAUCGUGUGAAAUCGCUGAUGAAUAAAGCUAAGCAGGACUUAAAAAACAUAGGAAACAGGGAUAAUUUGCUAGACCUUCUUUUAGAUAAAAUCAAUGCCUCAAUUUUUGAUUCAGACAGUAUAACCCCAGAUUCACAAAUUAAAGAAAAAAUCACAGAUUAA